UUGUAGCGUUGUAGAAAAAAAGUCGUCUGCUGAUGUAUGUAAAUGCAAUGCAUUUAAUGCAAAGAUUUCUGAUGGGAAGCUGAAAAAUCAAAUAUGUUUUGAAUUAGAGAUUCGAGUGACGAACACAAGAAAAGGAUGAGUGCCAAAUGCUAUGUAAAGGGUUGCAAAUCUGGAUAUGAAUCAUGCAAAGAAAAAGUACAUUUUUUCAGACCUAAGGAAGAGAAAACAGUACACCUUUGGCAGAAAUUUAUUGGUCGGAAUGAUCUGAAACUCGAAAAGUUUCACUCAGUUUGUCACAAGCACUUUGAUGAUGCAGAUAUUGUAAAAACAACAACUGUUCGGGGUAAAGAUAGACCAACAGUAGUUAGUGAUUCAUUACCUUGGCGGCUUGUAGGUGGAGCCAUCCCCAAACAUUAUCUUGGGAACUAUGUGCAACAAUUUAGGAAAAUUGCUGUGAGGCCAUUGGCUCUUAAGGAUGGGGCAACUACUACUGUGCCUGAAAUCAUUGUUUUAGAUGAAGUCACUGUGAACCCACCAAAAGCGAACCACAGCAGUGUAGAACCUAUUCUUCCUGAGAGAUCUUCAGGUGUUCCAAAGAAAACCCACAGUAACAGAAAAGAAUCUCUAGUGCCAUCUUCAUCACCAAGGGUGCAGUUAGAAAAAAAUAGUAGUCAAAACAUUGAAGAAUAUGACAAUUUAACAUUGAAAAUCACCUUAAAUCCUAAAGAAACGGUCCUUCCACUUUCAACAUCAACCAUAGGAAAUUUUAUAAAUUUGGCACAUCCAAUCAGAAGUAAUUUAACAAGACCAACAUCUCAAGUUCCUGUUAGUUAUGAAAUCAGAAAUACCCCUCAAAACAAGCAACAGUCAUCAAUUAACCAAGUUUUGCAACAAAGUGUCACUUCACUUAAUCAAGGUCUCUCGCCACAGGUUUCACAACAAGAACUAAUAUUAAGACCUAUUUUACCGACUGCUGAAGAUUUUGGUCAAGUCAAACUCGCUGUUUCACGCCGGGAAUUGUUAAACCCUAAAGAAGCUAUCCUUCCUCCAUCAUGGUCCUGGCAAGAAUGUUUUCUUCAGAAAAAACAAUUGAUUUGUUCCAAGUUUAAAUGGCUAGAUGAAAACAACUUCGAGUACACCAAGUCCAUAAUAGUGGGCGAGUACGCAUAUGUCAGUGAUAUGAGUAUUUCUACACAUACUGUUCGUUAUUUCGUCCGAGGUCGACAAGUUUUCCCCAAAACUCUCAAGUAUCAAUGCUCAACGGUCAGUGAACUCACCACGUUAUUGAAGUUUUACGACGACAUUCCAGAGUGUCUCGGCUAUUCUGAUCCGAAAUUACUUGGAUCCUCACCACCUUUAAAUCCUCCGCAAACUAAUCGGUCGAAAAAUUGUCUGUUGCUUGCUUCGGAGAGAAGCAAUUAUUGCACCGAAUGUCUAUCAAUAAUGCCUCAAACAAUUAAACGAAGCUUAGUGAAAAACAGCAACAACAUAUCCAAUUCAAGUAAUCUUCCUUCAACAAAUGUAAAUGUUAUUGGACCGUGCAACACGAUAACUCCAGUUGACCUAAGCGCGGACCCACUUCUGAUACCAAUCGACAGUUGUAAUAUUUGUGAAAUCGGUGAGGACGAAUUGACCGUCGAAAAUAGACCAAAUGAAGAUUAUCGUGGCGACGAUCCGAGUGAACCAAACGCCCAGAAUCAUGGGGGAUCGCAUAGUGAACUCAGUGACUUGGAAAGUGAAGAUUCGUCUAGUGUUAUCAUUGAAUCAGAUAGUGAAUACUCACCGGAUGGAAUUGUGGAGUCAGACAGUGAAUAUUCGCUAAAUGGAAGCAGCAGCACUGAAAAUGAAAUUGACGUAGAUGACGACGGCGACUUUGCUUUGGCGCAGUGCUAUUUUCAGAAUGAAGUUAUGAUAAAACGACGAUUUCAAAGGAAAUAUCUGCGGUAUUCAUGGAUGCUCAACAAGAGCAAAGAAAUAGCUCGUUCAAUUCUAAAGGCAUCGAAAGAACUUGAGCAGAAAUGUCGAAAUGAAACACUAAGGCUCCCAGCUACCAAGAAAUCUGGCCCCAAAAAACAGUGCAACGAGUGCGGCAAAAUGAUUAACGCCAAGGGAUUUCAAGAUCAUCUGAAAUUGCACAGUGGCAUCAAAUCUCAUUUGUGUGAACUAUGUGGUCGAGCGUUUGUGUUUAGAUCUAGCCUAAACUCUCACAUUCGGUUGAAUCAUCGUGGAGAGGAACGUACGAAACCACUCAAAAAGUUCGUGUGCAGCACUUGUGGACAUACUGUAAGUUCGAAAGAACGCUUGGAUAUUCACGAAAGGAUCCAUACAGAUGAAAGGCCAUUCGAGUGUAAAUACUGUGACAAGAAAUUUCGAGAGAAAGGAACUCUUGUUCGCCAUAUUCGUACCCAUACAGGCGAGAGACCCUUUGGAUGCAAUAUUUGCGGAAAAUCUUAUCGUUCAAGAUCCGCCUACGUCCUCCACUAUAAGAGUAGACAUGAAACGAAGGAAAAUGAAAUAGUAAAGGGACCGGUUGAUGAUUUCAGCCUAAGGAAACGCCCCAGAAUCGAUUAUCGCUGCGAGUACUGUGGAAAAGAAUUUUGUCAGGGACGAAUGUUGGCUUACGAAAAGCACCUUACCACUCACACUGGAAUUCCUGCAGCUAUUCGUUGCACACAGCCAGACUGUGAAUUCACUUACUCGAAUUUGAUGCAGCUCAAGGAACACAUGCUGUCACAACAUCCCGAAAAAGCAUACACUUGUGACGUUUGCAAGAAAAUUUUUCUGACGAAGCAGAUUCUGACGGAUCAUAAGUCUAUGCAUGACCCAUCUCGAGGUUAUCAGUGUUCUUAUUGUCCUGUAAAGUUGACAGUUAAGGCAAGUCUGAUUGCACACGAAAAGCGCCAUACCCGUGAAACUCCGCACGAAUGUACCUUUUGCGAAAUGCGUUUCCAUAGCACUUACUUGCUGCAGAUUCACUUGCGCACUCAUCAGCCUAGUCAGCUCAAAAGAAAGCGAUAUAGAAAACCGGUUGAAAAGUAAUUGAUUCCGGCUGCCGCGAUAUCGGUCGACGCCUAUGUUGAAUUUCUGAAAAUGCUGAAACUGUUUUUCUGCUGUCCAGAUUUUGGAAUACCAAAUUUGGAAUACAAAGAUACUUUCUGAUUCUUAA